AGCGAAAACCUCGUCGAAUACAAUCGGAAUGGACUGGGACUUUGGGCAGCAGAUGCUGUUCUGGACGUUUGUCCCGAGCAUGGCGACCAAAUUCCUCCAGAAGCAGUAUUACAGCUUCCGGUCUUCCAAAAAACCCCCGACGCCUUCCGAAGCCCAGUUCCACUACAGUGUCAUAUAUGUCCUCGUGGUAGUGGUGUACUUAAUAUACAGUUUUGUCCAGGUUGAACGUAACUUACCUCCGACAUACUAUGAUUUCCUCGACGUGUCUCGAAAUUGCGACGCAAGGGAUCUACGGUCGCAAUUUAGGCAGAUGUCGUUGCUAUACCAUCCGGAUAAACUGCAAUCUCUCCCAGAAUCAGAGAGGGUACUUCAUGAGACACGAUACUUGCAAAUACGCCAAGCUUACGAUAUUCUUAAAGAACCUAUAAAGCGAGCUGCCUACGAUAAAUAUGGCUUAACUAGCCAUGACUGUCAACGGUGCGCCACGGAACGGGAGUAUCUCAUGAAAGCCCUACCGAAUUUUAUUACGUUCUAUGGUGGAAGUGCAGUAUUCCUUGUCAUUCUUAGCAUGCUUGGAACGCUCAACUUUGGGCGAUACUGGCGAUUUGUCGGAUUGCUGAGUAUGGGCUGCUUCGAGGCCAAGAUACUCUUUAGCGGCCCCUCUUCCACGGCACUUCUUGUCCUCCGCACCUUAUUACCAUGGCGAACUCUCCACGAACAAAUAAUCAUGCUCCACCAGCUGUUCGUUGUGGUCUUCAUCGCCAUCUCUCAAUUGGGCCCCAUAUUAUUCCCCGAGGAUAAGCGAACUGUAAAGCAGAUGAUGCUGGAGCUUGAGAAUUUAACGAAUCUGCAGUUGAAGGAAAGCACGAGGUCGUUUAGGUCAGCAUUCGAACCUUUUGCAAGAGAUCCUGUCGCUGUCGCAGACGUGCAAAAAAAGAUGGAGAAACUGGCGGUGGAUUUACAAUUGUUGGAAGGUAAUGCCGAUUUGACCGUCGCAGCAGGAAAAGCACAGAUGAGAAUUUCAAAGAGAAAAUGAUUUGUCUGAGCGUUUGGGAUAUUGUAUUUGGGAUAAUAUAGCCCGUUGAGUAUAUAAUCUGUGUAAAGGAGCUAGUGGCAGCGUAAACACAUCCUUCAUCAACCCACUUGACAAAUCGAGAUGUCUAACC